AUGAAGCUUGCCAUCACACUGCGUCAUCUGGCAACAGAGAUUCCUAUUGCCACCUUGCAAUAUGAAUUCCGGGUAGCCAGAAACACAAUUUGCUUGUUGGUGAAAGAAGUCUGUGAUGCCUUGGUCAUGGAGCUCAAGAAUGAAGUCAUCGUAUGCCCUGUUGACAGAGGCACUUGGGAAGAAGUUGCUGAGGAGUUCCUGAUGCGCUGGAAUGUCCCACAUGCCUAUGGAGCCCUGGAUGGGAAACGUGUUGCCAUCAGAAAGCCUCCUAAGACUGGAACCAUGUACUACAACUACAAAGGCUUCUUUUCAGUCGUCCUAAUGGCCGUGGUAGAUGCUGAUUACAAAUUCAUGUGGAUAGAUGUUGGUGGUUUUGGAAGCCAGUCUGAUGCCCAGAUCUACAACCAGUCAGAACUGAAAGAAUGCUUAGAAGAUGGCUCCAUUGGACUCCCUCCACCUUCCCUCUUGCCAAAUGAUAUCCAGGACUUUCCCUAUUUCCUGCUGGGAGAUGACGCUUUUGGUCUCCGCACAUACCUCAUGAAGUCAUAUUCAGGCCGUCAACUGACAAGAGAAGAAAUGAUUGCGAACUACAGGAUCUCUAGAGCCAGACGUGUGGUCGAAAAUGCCUUUGGUAUUAUGGCCCAGAGAUGGAGAGUCCUCUUGUCAACAAUGCAACAGAUGCCAGUGACUGUACAGACCAUCGUUGAAGCGUGUGUGUGCCUUCACAACUUCAUCCGUCUCCGAAACCCCAGCCAUUCAGAACAUUCAAGUGGAUGCUGA